UGACUCACUUGCCUUACGCUGGAGUCCGUACGCGUAGAAGUAAAAACAUUUUUUUUUUCCCUUUUUUAAAUUUAUUUUCUUUAAGGUUUUGGAAACUUAAACAACAAAACGAAAUAUACUGACCCGUGUACUAUUGUAAGCGUACACAACAUUAAUAGCACUUAGAUAAAUAAAUAAGGGCCUAUUCAACAGGUUUCCAGACAGAAACGACAGUUAUUCCUAAACAAAGAUAACAGAUAUAUUUUAGGAAGUCGUUUUUUUUUUUUGUUUUUUUUCCCACUUCCACCGGGACCACGUAUUAUUUAAUCAUCCCUGUGCGUUUUGAGGGCGUAAAGAAACGACGUUUGAAAUGGAUCAGCAGUGUUUCAACGCCAAGGCAGAGAUGGUGCCCGAAACCACGGCCGCCGCCGGGUUCAUCGCCAGCUUGCUGAGGACCAGAGGCUUCCUGACAGAGCCGCAGCUGCAGAGAUUCAGCCAGUCUCUCCAGGAGGCGCUGGCCGAUCACUACAAACAGCACUGGUUCCCAGACAGACCCCAGAAGGGGUCGGGCUACCGCUGCAUCAGGAUUAACCACGAAAUGGACCCCCUCAUUGGCAAAUCCGCCAGCCAGAUCGGGCUGAGCAGCCAGCAGCUGUUCCACCUCCUGCCCAAGGAGCUGACCCUGUGGAUCGACCCCUUCGAGGUGUCCUACCGCAUCGGGGAAGACGGAUCCACCUGCGUUCUCUACGAGACCGAGGCGCCAGCUGCCACCGCCACCAGCAGCAGCAACGGCAGCUCUUACAACCCCGUGUUGAUGUGCAAACAGCAGUUCCUUAUGGGCCGUAGGAGCCCUCCUAAAAACUACCUGAUGACUGUGUCCAGUUAGGGCCAGGCCGGGUUGAUUAGUUUAAUCAGACAGGCAAUUCGUGCACCAGAGAGGAGUGGGGGGGGAGGGGGUGAAUCUAUCGGUUUAACUUAGCAGCUACCUUUUUUCCUUUUGGUUUUUAUUUUGUUUGAGACUUGAAAGAACUAGGGGAUGGUCCUGUUUCAUUAUCUCUUCUGUUAAUGCAGCUUAUUUCUAACGUGUUUGUGGGUUUGCUAAACACAACAAAGGAUAUAGAACCAGCGCAUACACACGUCGGCGAUGGAGAAUGAUUAGGAGAUGGGGUGGGGGGGCCGUUCCAUUUAACGAAGCUGCCGAAAUGUAACUGCUUGAACUUUCUUCCCUUUUUUUAAAAAGGGUUACUUCUGACAGUAGCCUGAACUCUUGCACUGCUGAGGCAUUUGGUGUUUUUAUUAUUUUUGGCAUGUUCUCAAUUAAACGCUGAAACUAGCCUUCUGUAUUAUACAAAGUUCUUAACACUGCACAGUAAAUGUUCCCUCCACGGGCUGGGAGGGAUUACCUAGUGGCUCAUGCCUGAAAUGGAGAGUUUUCAGAUUCCUUGGUUGAAACCUCUCUCUAGAAAGGUGCAAUAAAAUUAAUAAGACGACAUGCAGAACUCCAGCAACGCACGGGCUGUGGAUUGGUAGUAGCUCGGGUCUUUAUUUUUAAUUGUAGAAUCUGCAGUAUCGCUUAUGUGCUGUAUCAUCUUUCACACAGUACAGUUAUGACGUAAACCAAAAAAAGUACAGUCCUUUAAUUGAAGUGCAAUUUAUGAUCCAAAGUUCUUUAUAUGUAACCUGGCCCCUAACUAACUAGUUUACAGAAGUUAAGUCAACAUACAGCAGACUGGUUUUAUAUACCGGUUUGCCUUGCUGCCGAAAUGACUUUCUUUUUAAACAAUUCUUUUUUUUAUUAUUUAAGAGCUGUAAAGUAUUGCUGCCAAGUAAGCCCCAGUUGUUGGAGUUUUUCUACGUGUCGCUGGUUGUCAAGACAAGGUUUUGUGCAAUAGAACUUGAUGACCCGCUCAGUCAAUCCUCUGCACUAUUUCUAGCACACAAAGCAUCCCUUUUAUUUCUUUCUGUGUUUUCAAAGGGUAGUAUUAACAGCUUGCUAUCCAGAGACAGUCUUUGGAAAAUGUAUGCUGUGAACAUGAACCGUUUCAACGACUGUAUUAAAUGGCUGACAUCCGAAGGUGGGAGGGGGAGGGGGUUAAUUUUUACUCUUUGAAACAGGAUUGGAGAUGCGAUUGUUGGACACACCUGGAAUUCCCUGUUCUAAAGUGUGCAUUGCCUGUUUGAAUAAGCUGUGAGGUUUUUGUUUUUAUUGUAAAUGGAUUUGCGCCAAACUGACACAUUGUUUCCUAUUGCUGGAGUAUAAUAAUAAUAAUAUUAAUAAUAGCAGUGAUUUAGUAUUUCAUUCUUUCCAAAUGGGCUGUUGAGCAGCCUAAUCUGUUUACUGUUGUGAAUUGUAAAGAUUGUAAGCUAGAUUAAACUGCCUCUGCCAAUGUACAUUUCUUGUUUUUGUUUAUGGAUUGUGUACAUAUAUAUUGAUAGAUGUACAGUUUUGUACUUUUUACGCAUAAAAGUCCUUAAGAUAAUAAAUGAAUUUAAAAGAAACAA